AUGGAUAUUCCUUCCUCAGAUACAAAUUCUAAUGGUCAAAGGAUCGAUAGGGAUCGAAGAAACCCGAGGGCUUCCUUCUCUUCUACAGCGACCACUUCUACGGCAACGACGUUGACUUCGGCCAUGGUCUUGGACCAGAACAAUUCAGAGCCGUAUGCAGGCGCAACAUUCGAAGCUGUGCCAAGCUCCAUCGUAUCAUUCCACCACCCACAUUCUUUUCAAUCAAGCAACCUUCUGAGUCCGCGUUUGUCGGAAAACCUGGGAAACCUCGAGCAAAGAGGUCGCCGGUUGACUGAAUCAGACCCUCUAGUGCUAUCCUCGGCUGGACAAUCAAGAAGCUCUUCUAGAAACCCCUCUCAUUUUCGAUUUUUUACUCAAGAACAAAUAUCUAACGCUGAAGGUGCUUCUACAUUAGAGAAUACAGACUAUGAUACAGUAUGGGAUGCCGCCCCUGCCUAUGAACAGGAUAGAAUCUAUGGUACCGGUCCAUCCUCCAGACGCUCUUCCAUGCGAAGUUUUUCCAGAGGUUCAUCCAUCUCAAAUGCAAAAUCUUAUAGGUCCUUCAGUAGAAGGGGCCGCUCUGGUUCAAGAGCUCCGCAGAUAUCAGCGGAAAAUCCCGACGCUGGAUCCGUUUAUCAUUCCACCACGCAUUCGUCUUCCAGUUUAUCGAGAUAUACCACUAGAGAAAGGAUUCCCAUUGAAUUAGAAAGUCAAACGGAUGAAAUCUUGGAAGACAGAUCCUCCACACAUUCCUUAGAAUCCUCGAAUAGUAGGCGAUCUUCAAGCGAAAACAACAGGGGAAGUGUUUCUGGUCAUGAUGACGUUCAUAAUCAACAUAGCGAAUAUUUGAAACCUGAUUACCAUGAAAAAUUUUAUCCUCAGUAUGUGCCUGACCUACAUUAUCAAAGGUUUUACAUUGCGGAAGAGGACUUGGUGAUUGGUAUCGCCGCUUACGAAACCUCCAAAUUCUGGCACAUUAUUUACAACCUAUGCUGUCUAUUGUCUUUUGGUUUAGUCUACCUUUUCAUGCGAUGGCUUCCCCAUCUGAGGGUGCGAUUUUACGGCGUAAAGGUACCCCUAGCUAAGGCAGAAUGGGUUGUGAUAGAAAAUGAAUUUGGCGAAUUUACCAUACAACCGAUUGAUAGACAGUGGUAUAAUAGACCAAUAAGCACAGUGCUACCUUUUGAAAACUACUCUAAUCCGCUAGACGAAAACAAUUAUAUGUCUUUUAGUCACCAUCAUGCCAAUGAAGUCAAUCCGAAUAUACCCAUCUUAAUUACCUUUGAAUACAGAUAUAUCAAGUUCAUAUAUUCGCCGCUCGAUGACCUGUUUAAGACUAACAAUAAUUGGACAGACCCUGAUUGGGUGGAUUUAAGUACUAUGUCGAAUGGGCUGACUAAGGGUGUACAAGAAGAUAGAGAACUCGCAUUUGGUAAAAACCAAAUCAAUUUAAGGAUGAAGACUACUUCAGAAGUUCUAUUUAACGAAGUGUUGCAUCCGUUUUACGUCUUUCAAGUGUUUUCCAUAGUGCUGUGGGGAAUAGACGAAUACUAUUACUACGCCGCAUGUAUUUUUUUGAUUUCUGUGCUGUCUAUUUUUGAUUCAUUGAAUGAACAGAAGAAGAUAUCCAGGAAUCUGGCUGAAAUGUCGCACUUCCAUUGUGAUGUUCGUGUCUUAAGAGAUAAAUUCUGGACAAGCAUCAGCUCAUCCGAAUUGGUGCCAGGGGAUGUAUAUGAAGUAUCAGAUCCAAAUAUAACAAUUUUGCCUUGUGAUUCAAUUCUUUUAUCCAGCGAUUGUAUAGUCAACGAGUCCAUGCUAACAGGUGAAUCUGUGCCCGUUUCGAAAUUCUCCGCCACACAGGAGACAAUGUAUCAAUUGUGUGAUGACUUCCAAAGUACUCAGAUAUCGAGUUUCGUUUCCAAAUCCUUUUUGUAUAAUGGUACGAAUAUAAUAAGAGCUAGGAUUGCCCCAGGACAAACUGCUGCUUUAGCAAUGGUUGUAAGAACAGGAUUUUCAACAACAAAGGGUUCUUUGGUUCGUUCCAUGGUAUUUCCUAAACCGACUGGCUUCAAAUUUUAUAGGGAUUCCUUCAAAUAUAUUGGCUUCAUGUCCCUCAUUGCCAUUUUUGGUUUUUGCAUUAGCUGCAUUCAGUUUGUUAAACUUGGUUUAGAUAGGAGAACAAUGAUAUUAAGAGCUUUAGAUAUCAUAACAAUAGUAGUGCCACCAGCUCUGCCAGCCACCUUAACCAUUGGUACGAAUUUUGCUUUAAGCAGAUUGAAGGAAAAAGGGAUAUUUUGUAUUUCUCCAACAAGGCUUAACAUUGGUGGCAAAAUCGAUGUUAUGUGUUUUGACAAAACUGGGACACUUACAGAAGAUGGACUAGACGUGUUAGGGAUCCAAAUAUCGCAUGCAGCUGGAGUAGGAGGUCAGAAGUUCGGGCAAUUAUUGAGCGAUGUUCGCCAAGUAUUUCCCAAGUUUUCCUUAAACGAUUGUAGUUCUCCGCUAGAUUUUAAAUCCAGGAACUUUUUCAUGUCACUAUUAACAUGUCAUUCAUUGAGGUCCGUCGACGGGAAGCUACUUGGUGAUCCGUUAGACUUCAAAAUGUUUCAAUUUACCGGCUGGUCAUUUGAAGAGGACUUCCAAAAGCACACAUUUCAUUCGUUAUAUGACGAAAGACAUGAAGGAGAUAUUUUUCCAGAAAAUUCCGAUAUUAUUCCUGCGGUAGUUCACCCCGAUGGUAAUAAUCCGGAAAAUACGUUUACUGAUAAUGAUCCUAAUAAUUUUCUGGGGGUUGUGAGAAGCUUUGAAUUUUUGUCUGAAUUGAGGCGCAUGAGCGUUAUUGUUAAAACAAAUAAUGAAGAUGUAUAUUGGUCGUUUACUAAAGGUGCGCCAGAAGUGAUUUCUGAAAUAUGUAAUAAAUCAACUUUACCGGCCGAUUUCGAAGAAGUACUACGUGGCUACACUCAUAAUGGCUAUAGAGUCAUUGCAUGUGCUGGGAAAACCUUACCAAAAAGAACCUGGUUAUAUUCUCAGAAAGUAUCUAGGGAAGAUGUUGAAUCAAAUUUGGAAUUUUUAGGUUUCAUUAUAUUCCAAAAUAAAUUGAAGAAGGAAACUUCAAAAACUCUAAAAAAUUUGGAAGAUGCGAAUAUCAGGACGAUAAUGUGUACAGGUGAUAACAUACUUACUGCUAUUUCUGUAGGUAGAGAGGCAGGUCUGAUACAAUGCUCCCGUGUUUAUGUUCCAUCUAUUAAUGAUACACCUUUACCUGGCGAGACUAUAAUAAUAUGGAGAGAUGUCAAUGAACCUGACAACAUUUUGGAUACGAAGACUCUGAAGCCUGUUAGUGUGGGCAAUAAUGUCGAGAGUCUGUAUGGAAAUGAUUAUACUCUCGCAGUUAGUGGUGACGUUUUUAGAUUACUGUUCAGAGAUGAAAAUGAGAUACCUGAAUCGUAUUUAAACGAAAUUUUGUUGAAUUCAUCCAUAUAUGCAAGAAUGUCACCCGAUGAAAAACAUGAACUAAUGAUACAAUUGCAGAAACUGGAUUAUACGGUUGGUUUCUGUGGUGACGGUGCAAAUGAUUGCGGUGCUUUGAAGGCAGCAGAUGUGGGUAUUUCUCUCUCAGAAGCGGAAGCGUCGGUUGCCGCUCCGUUCACUUCAAAGAUAUUCAAUAUUAGCUGCGUACUUGAUGUCAUCAGAGAAGGUCGUGCUGCGUUAGUCACAUCUUUUGCAUGCUUUCAAUACAUGAGUUUGUAUUCAGCCAUACAAUUCAUUACUAUUACUAUACUCUACAGUCGUGGUUCUAAUCUGGGGGAUUUCCAAUUCUUGUACAUUGAUUUGUUAUUAAUUGUUCCAAUCGCAAUUUGCAUGUCUUGGUCCAAAUCCUAUGAAAAGAUAGCUAAAAAGAGGCCAUCAGCCAACCUAGUUUCGCCUAAGAUCUUGGUUCCCCUUUUGGUCAGUGUACUUUUAGUUUUCUUAUUCCAAUUAAUUCCAUGGUUAAUCGUGCAAAAGAUGAGUUGGUACAUCAAACCCAUCGUUGGGGGUGACGAUGCGGUGCAGUCUUCAGAUAAUACUGUUUUAUUCUUUGUCUCGAACUUCCAAUAUAUUCUGACUGCUAUAGUCCUAUCCGUUGGGCCACCAUACAGAGAACCAAUGUCAAAGAAUUUUGAAUUCAUCGUAGAUAUUGUGGCCUCUAUUUUUGUGAGUAUGUUAUUAAUGACUCUGAAUCCGGAAUCGUACUUUGGUGAGAAAUUACAAUUGACCCCUGUAUCCAGUAAGUUCACCAUAUUUAUCAUUGUAUGGGUGAUACUAAAUUAUUACGCUCAACUGUAUAUACCGCCAUCGACAAAAGGUUGGUUGAAGAAGAAAAAGAGUAGUAAAAAGUAUAAACUACUAAUACAAGAACAAGAGAAACUAACAGACGUUUAA